GUCCUAACGACGGUUUGCUCAUAUGGGUUUUUGCUACUAUCGUUGUUAGCUACGGCUUAACCUGGUCAAACCUGUUUUCUCUCGUUGUUUCCUCUUCGUUUCAGUAAAAAUGAGUCCGCUGUGUGAACACUGCGGGGAGAACAUGAAGAAGAUAAAUCAACAAGUUUCUGUUAUGCGGAAAGAAAUAAAAAAUCUGAGACAGAUGUUGGACGGGGCUGUCAGAGCGCAUCGCAAACAUCUGAUGUCGAUUCAGGCUGCUGUGUCAAAGGCUGACUUUUCUGGCCACAAUAAAAAAGACUACAUAUCUUCGUUAUCAGUGCCAGACGCAUUUGAACAAGGAAACAUCCAGACUGUGCCGAUCGGUUACAUCAGCUCCUGUUUUUCCGUGAAGAACGGGACGCCCAGGCAGCCGACUAUCUGCGGCCCGUCACGGGCUCAGCUGCGAAUCCAGCAGAGCGUUUUCAACAACCCUGAGCAUGCACUGGUGGGCCUCGAGCAGUACUCGCAUGUCUGGAUUAUUUUUCUUUUCCAUAAAAACGGACAUCAGAGUUACAAAGCCAAGGUGAAACCUCCCAGGCUGAACGGUCAGAGAGUCGGAGUUUAUUCGACACGAAGUCCACACCGACCAAACUCCCUUGGACUGACACUGGCCAAGCUGGAUAAAGUUCAAGGUGACACACUGCAUCUCUCAGAUAUUGAUAUGAUUGCCGGGACUCCCGUCCUGGACAUUAAACCGUACAUCCCAGAAUACGACUCUCUCAACACGAGGGCGCAGCUGGAAUCAAACCCAGAUCUACAGACUGUGUCUGAAGAGGAGGUCAACAUCUCAAGCUUUCAUCUGGAAGACAAAACAGAUGAUGAAGAUGAGAUUCAUCACCUGAGACAGAAAUCGGAAGCAGGUGUUUGUUUAACUCCGCCACAGACGCAGUUUUUUCUACCCAAAGAAGCUGUUGGUUUGCUAAAAGAAGUGGAGUCUUAUGUAAACAAAGCAGAUCUGACACCACCUGACUGUGAGGACAACAACAAAGCGUCAGACUGUGAAAAAACCGAACCAGCAGCAGAGAUCGUGGACCGGCCCAGUUAUGGCAGUGAUUCCAGUUCAACCAUCGCCGACUGGAUCAGAGAGCCUCCGGUUUCCAGUCUGGAUGUGCGUUUCACCCCUGAAGCUCAGAAACAGCUGGAGGCGUUCCUUCCUGCACAUUCAUCUGGUAAGACAACAGAACCGUCUGAGUGCGACAGACCCAGGUUUAAGUUUCUGCGCAGUCCGGAGGAGGCCGGCGCCGCCAUCAGGGCUGUGCUGUCAGCCGACCCCAGGUCAGUUUACAGGAGAACCCGAUGCAGAGACAGACUCUUCUUCUUCUCUCUGGACACGGCGGACGUCACCUGCUGGUUUGGACAGGGGUUCGCUGAGGUUCUAGAGGUCCGACCCGUGGGACCACUUGGACCUGAAGAUCUGUGUCAGUAAAACAAUAAACUGCCUGUUAAAUUCUCCUCACUGCAGCGUCUAUGUGAAGACAAAAUUAUGGAUUUUAUUUGAUUUUUUUUCUCAUGUUAGAUGAAUAAUAAAUGGCUUGAAAAAUGUU